UUCAUUCCACGAACCUUUUACGUGAAAACGCCUUGUCGUCCGAAUGGCAGUCCGACAGAGCUGAACCGCCGAAUGACGUACACCGCCGUUAGUCACGAAGAAAGACACUCGUUUUGCAUCGUUGAAUUUUCAGGUCAUGUUCACCAGGAUUCAUUCGAUUUGCUGCAACAGAUGAAUCCGCAUUCGCAACACAAAGUUCUUGAUUAUCGGCACCUUAAACAACGCAGAAAGGCGCAUUCCUUGGUCGGCACUCCGAACUACAUCGCUCCGGAGGUACUUCUUCGGACAGGCGAAUUUAUAGGACACACUCAACUUUGCGACUGGUGGUCGGUCGGAGUGAUUCUUUACGAAAUGGUCGUCGGACACCCCCCGUUUCUCGCCAACACUCCUGAGGAGACGCAAGUGAAGGUUAUAAAUUGGCGCAAAACGCUGUACAUUCCUUCAGAAACUAACCUUUCGGCCUACGUUACGGAUCUAAUCUUGCGUCUCUGUUGUUCUGCGGAAGAUCGAUUGGGUAAAAACGUGUCGGAAAUCUACGAGCAUCAAUUUUUUCAAGUACUUUUCAUUUGCGUUUUCUUCCUUUUAAGGAACAGUGUGAUCUAUUACAUUGCUACUGCGAUGAACUAA